AUGGUGUACUACUUCAAAUCGAAUGUCGUUGACCCUCCUGCCUUCGUAUAUAUGGGGAAGGACAAAGUCGAAAAUGAAGAUCUAAUAAGAUUUGGCUGGGACGAGGAUUUUCACGUCGACAACUUGUCCAGCGCCCAUGUAUAUCUACGACUGAAAGUUGGCGACGACUGGACGACAAUCCCAAAGGCAUUGUUGGAGGAUGCUGCGCAGCUCACCAAGGCCAAUUCUAUCGAAGGCAACAAGAAAGACAAUGUCACCAUAAUUUAUACGCCGUGGUCGAAUCUCCGCAAGGAUGCUUCUAUGGCGACCGGGCAGGUGUCAUUUCACGACCAAAAGAUGGUGAAGAAAGUACAUGUUGCCGCACGACAAAAUCCCAUCGUGAAUCGUCUGAAUAAGACCAGAGAGGAGAGAACGCCAGAUCUUCGAGCUGAGAAGGAAGCCGAUCUCGCGCAAAAGCGUAAGGCUGACAGACUGAAGCGAGAAGACAUGAAGGCUAGGGAACGAGAUGAAAAGAGACGGAGAGAUCAACUGAAGUGGGAGAAGGAACAUGCCUACGACGAAUUAAUGGAUGAGUCCAACAUGGUCAGUAAUCAAGAUCGAGACCCAAAUUUCUACGACGACGAUUUCAUGUAG